AUGUUGGUGUUUGUAACGUGCACCUACCUCGCUUCCAAUAUGCUCAAUGUAAUUGUCUACACCUGGGAGUUGAUCGAUAAGCCAUCACUUAUGUCUGAAGAGUUGCGACCAUUCUACACACUCUGUUCUGACCUGGUGUCGCUACUUACAGUACUAGCUAGUGCUUGCCGUCUUCCCAUCUACAUUGCGUGUAACGCUCGGAUUAGAUGUGAAGUGAUGGACGUGCUAAACAAUUGCGUUAUCUUCAAAACCGGGAAACAUGGCAAGAAGCCAACUAAGACAGGGGAAGUGAGAGGCCGAAGCAUUGGCACCGGGUUGGAUCGAAUUGUGCUUUCGGUGGCGAUGGGCAGCUUAAACACAAGUGGAGAAGCAAGGAAAAGAAAGCAAAUAAAAAAAACAAGAAGAAUAGCGGAACGGAAAAUGCGGACCACUGUGCUCUAUGUCGGGGCAAAGUUUAAAAGCGGACAGCAGCGCGGAGAAGUCUGA